ACUAAUCUCUCCUCUUGGUAGCCGCUGCCUCCUCUCCUUGGUCUACUCUAUCGAUCGUUCAACCACCGGUGCCUCUCCGCAGCCAUCUUUCUUUCUUCCUUGCUUAUUUCACUCGUCUCCGCUCGUUCUUUGAGUUCUUGUGCUUGGUAACUGGUGAUUAACUAAAAGAAAGAUAGCAUAUUCGAGUAUAUUUUGAAUUGCCUGCGAGAGGAAGAAUCUUGGCACUUAGAAGAAUCUUGAUAGCUAUUGCUGGCUUGCUGGCUUGCUGGAUUGAGUUUUUCUUAUAACAAGCUUAAGUAUUGUCUGAUGGCUAAAGAGAAGGUGAAAAAAGCUGGGGAGAGUAAAAAGAAAGAUCUCCGUGUACUUUUAGACGAGAGCAAAUUGGAAGAUUGUUCAAGAGGCAUGAAAAAAUGGCUUAUUAGUUACAAGGAGAGCAGACCGGGCUUGAAGGUACUGCAACAAAGAAUAGAUGAGUUUAUAACUGCUUAUGAGGUGCAACAAGAACAGCAAAGGAAAGAAAGAGGAGCAUGUGCUGCAGGAGGAGGAUGGACAGUUGUGGUGCAUCAUAAAGGUAGAAAGAAAACAACUGAUUCUGAAACUGGAAUAACUGUGGGUUCUGUUGCCCAAGCUGCUGUGAUGGAUAAAAUGGCCAAAAAGAAAAAAGAAGUUGCUCUGGAUUUUUACAGAUUCCAAAGACGGGAAGCCCAGAGGAAUGAGGUCAUGAUGCUGCAGAGCAAGUUCGAGCAGGACAAGAAAAGGAUACAGCAGUUGAGGGCUACUAGGAAGUUUCGGCCUUACUGAAGCUGCAUUUGGUUCUAGUAGCUCUACCAUUGAAUGAGCAGUAGCAUUUCUAUCAACUAGUCAACAUCACAGACGGUGCCAGUAAGAAAAAGCUAAUGCCAUGCCUGAAAAGAAAGUGUGAUAAACCUUCAGUCAACAGCUGAUUCCUCAAAGUGCUCGCUUGUGAAUUCUGUAAAGCCCAUUAUUUCUAUAAUUCUACUGCUCGAGUUGGAAGACUUUGUGAAAUCUAUGAGAAUGGACAUGGUGUAAUUUAAAUCGGCAGCUUGUAACUUUAUAGUUUUCCUUCUCCUCUGGUUGUAGUUACAAUACAUUGUUAACAUGGCAUUGACGGAUAUUACGGUGGACAGCAUUGUUACACACCUUGAGUUUGACCUAGCUUUGUUCGUUUUUA